AUGGACAAUGAUUUCGACCGCCUCUUUGCUACUUACAAGUCUAAACUUGAGCCCAAUCAACAUUCAGACCAGGUUGACUCAAGUCUGGGAAUUGAAGAUGAUAAUGAACGACCAUAUCGAAUCCAACUAGAGGAUGUCACUCAAGAGAAUCACCCAUGGGGAGAUAUCGCAGCAGUUUAUCGGACUGGCGAAAACGUCAAGCAGCAGAGGCGCAGAGAGUCUCGUUUCGGCGAUGCUGCAUUGGUUUUGCGGCACAUAGUCGUAAAAAAGCAAAUGGAAGAACGUUUGAUAUCGCAGCUCGAGAUCCAGUCCAGUACUCUGCGGAGUGCUUUCAUCGAAAUUGCUACAGGGCUCGUCAAUAUCAACCUACAUCAAGAUCCCAUCAUCAUUCCUGAUCCCUACGUGGAGAUCUAUCAUUGCCAAAGGCGGAUUCAAGAUGCAAUUGAUGCGUCCAAGGAUAAAUCUCUGCGAGAUCAGCUGCAGCUUCUGCAGAAGUUCCGGGAGGAUUACAUGGCCCGUACCAUCACUGAUCUACAAGCUUUGGAGCCCAAUGGGUUGAUUACAUUCGACCUGCUGUCAUUCAUCUUUGCUCCCGGUCACUCAGUUGUUCUGACCAACCGCUAUCUUUCACAUUUACCAACGCACUGGAUUGCCCUGCUUCACAGCUGUCAUUUUAUCAAAGAUCCUAAUAAGGAGGAGAAGAAUCUGGAACUCGAGCUCAGACUGAAGUAUACCGGGUUUAACGGCACUGUUUUUGGUUCUGUGAACACAACCAUUAAACUAAGUCACUUCAUCGGCACGAAGAACAUCACGGAACUUCCUGUAUACCCUAUCAAGUAUCACUCAGAUCCUCACAUUCUGCUCGAUUCUUUGAAGGUCAGGGGAUCGGAAUACUCCAGGCUGUGUUUAGGCGGUUCCGGGGCUCCUUUGACCCAAAAGAUCUUUGGCUCUCAUAUCUACUACCGCGGGCCUGUUUGGGAGGUUCGCGGCAAUGAUACCAGGGGUCGCUCCGGCGCCACCCACGAGAACAGUUCUUCGGCGCUUCUAGACAUGUUUCUUGGUCCCCCCACGUCUGAGGCAAGCAUAAAUCUACCAUCAGGGCGAUUCCCCGUCGUCAAACAAGUCUAA